AUGAUGCACAGAGUCCUUCUGUUGACAGCCUUGGCCUUAUGUCAUGGGUUCAACCUGGACACUGAAAACCCAGUGAUCUUUCAAGAUAAUGCAAGGAGCUUCGGGCAGAGCGUGGUCCAGCUUGAGGGAUCCCGGUUGGUGGUUGGAGCCCCCCAGGAGAUAAAGGCUGCCAACCAAACAGGAGGCCUCUACCAGUGUGACUAUAGCACGGGCACCUGUGAGCCCGUCCAGCUGCAGGUACCCCCAGAGGCUGUGAACAUGUCCUUGGGUCUGUCUCUGGCAUUUGCCAGCAACCCUUUCCGGCUGCUGGCCUGCGGCCCCACCCUGCACCAGACUUGCAAGGAGAACAUCUACAUGGCCGGCUUCUGCUUCCUGUUUGGAUCCAACCUCCGGCAGCCGCCCCAGAGGUUCCCAAAGGCCCUCAGAGAGUGCCCUCAGCAGGACAGCGACAUCGCCUUCUUGAUCGACGGCUCUGGCAGCAUCAUCCCAAACGACUUUCUGCAGAUGAAGGAUUUCGUCUCAACUGUGAUGAAUCAAUUCACAAAGUCCAAAACCUUGUUCUCCUUGAUGCAGUACUCCGAAGACUUCCAGACUCAUUUCACCUUCAAGGAUUUCAGGGAUAACCCUGACCCGAGACAACUGGUGAGGCCCAUAAGACAGCUGUUCGGGAAGACACACACUGCCACGGGAAUCCGCAAAGUCGUAAGAGAACUGUUUGCCAGCAAAAACGGAGCCCGGGAGAAUGCCCUGAAGAUCCUAGUUGUCAUCACAGAUGGAGAAAAGUUUGGUGACCCCUUGGAGUACAGCGAUGUCAUCCCCGAGGCUGACAGAGAGCGUGUCAUUCGCUAUGUCAUUGGGGUGGGAGCUGCCUUCAACAGUGAGAGGUCCCGCCAAGAGCUUAAUACCAUUGCGUCCAAGCCCUCUCGCGACCAUGUGUUCCGGGUGAACAACUUUGAAGCUCUGAAGACCAUUCAGAACCAGCUUCAGGAGAAGAUCUUUGCAAUUGAGGGUACCCAGACAGGAAGUACCAGCUCCUUCGAGUAUGAGAUGUGUCAGGAGGGCUUCAGUACUUCCAUAACCUCCAACGGUCCCUUGCUGGGCGCUGUGGGGAGCUUUGACUGGGCUGGUGGAGCCUUUCUGCAUAUGCCCGGGGAUAAAGUCACCUUCAUCAACACAACCAGGGUGGAUUCGGACAUGAACGAUGCUUACUUGGGUUAUGCUGCCGAAGUCAUCUCGCGAGGCCGGGUGCAAAACCUGGUUCUGGGGGCGCCUCGAUAUCAGCACACUGGCCUGGUGGCAAUGUUUAGACAGAACAGUGGUGUCUGGGAGAACAACGCUGUGAUCAAGGGCACCCAGAUUGGCUCCUACUUCGGGGCCUCUCUCUGCUCCGUGGACGUGGACAGAGAUGGCAGCUCUGACCUGGUCCUCAUCGGGGCUCCCCAUUACUACGAAACGACUCGGGGGGGCCAGGUGUCUGUGUGCCCCUUGCCCCGGGGGAGGGCUAGGUGGCAGUGUGAGGUCAUUCUCCGUGGGGAGCAGGGCCACCCCUGGGGCCGCUUUGGGGCAGCCCUGACCGUGCUGGGGGACGUGAAUGGGGACAAGCUGACAGAUGUGGCCAUCGGGGCCCCGGGAGAACAGGAGAACCAGGGUGCUGUCUACCUAUUUCACGGAACCUCAGGGCUGGGCAUCAGCCCCUCCCAUGCUCAGCGGAUUGCAGGCUCUAAGCUCUCCCCCGGGCUCCAGUAUUUCGGUCAGUCACUGAGUGGGGGCCAGGACCUCACAAUGGAUGGAUUGAUGGACUUGGCUGUAGGGGCCCAGGGGCAUGUGCUGCUUCUCAGGUCCCAGCCUGUGCUGAGAGUUGAGGUGACCAUGGACUUCACACCCCGGGAAGUGGCGAAAAAUGUGUUUGAGUGUCAGGAAAAUGUGGUGACAGGCCAGACUGCUGGGGAGGUCAGAAUCUGCCUCCGUGUGCAUAAGAUCACACGGGACCGGCUGAGAGAAGGAGAGAUCCAGAGCACUGUCACAUAUGACCUGGCUCUGGACUCCACUCGCCAACAUCCUCGGAUCAUUUUUGAUGAGACAAAGAACAGCACACGCAGACAGACACAGGUCUUGAGUCUGAGUCAGAAAUGUGAGAUACUAAAGCUACAGUUACCGGUCUGUGUAGAGGACUCAGUGACCCCCGUUGUCCUGCGCCUCAACUUCUCUCUGAUGGGGCAGCCCUUGUCCUCCUUUGGGAACCUGCGGCCAGUGCUGGCUGUGGAUGCUCAGACGCUCUUCACAGCCUCGUUUCCCUUUGAGAAGAAUUGUGGCAAUGAUAGCAUCUGCGAGGAUGACCUCAGCAUCACCUUUAGUUUCAUGAACCUGCACACCCUGGUGGUGGGUGGCCCCCGGAACUUCAACAUGACGGUGACUGUGAGAAACCAGGGUGAAGACUCCUACAAGACUCAGGUUGCCUUCUUCUACCCGCCUGGCUUGUCCUAUCGGACAGUGUCAGGAGUCCAGAGCCAGCACUCGUGGCGAUCCUGGCGUGUGACCUGUGGGUCUGACCCCUCCACCCAAGGGCCCGGGGGCUUGCACAGUGGCAGCUGCAGCAUAAACUACCCAAUCUUCCCAGGCGACUCGGAGGUCACCUUUAAUAUCACAUUGGAUGUGGACUCUGAUGCUUCCCUUGGAAAAGGCCUACUUCUCAAAGCCAACGUGACCAGUGACAACAAUAUGCCGAGGACCAACAAAACGGAAUUCCAGCUGGAGCUGCCUGUGAAAUACGCCGUCUACAUGGUGGUCACCAGCCUUGAGGCCUCCACCAAAUAUCUCAACUUCACAGCCUCAGAGAAGACCAGCCACGUUAUAAACCAUCAGUAUCAGUUCAACAACCUGGGGCGGAGGGGCCUCCCCAUCAGUGUGGUCUUCUGGAUCCCCACCCAGCUGAACCAGGUGGCCGUGUGGCGCUCCACCCAGCUCGUCUUCUCCCCGAACCUGUCCAAUACUUGCCACACCGAGGAGCGAAUCCCCCCUCACUCCGACUUCCUGGCUAAGCUUAAGAAGACCCCAGUGCUGAACUGCUCCAUUGCUGUGUGCCAGAGAAUCCAGUGUGACAUCCAGUCCUUCGACAGCCAGGAAGAAUUCAGUGUCACCCUCAAAGGCAACCUCUCCUUUGAUUGGUAUAUCAAGACUUCGCACAACCACCUUCAGGUUGUGAGCACAGCGGAGAUCUUGUUUGAUGACCUGAUGUUUGCCCUGCUCCCAGGACAGGAGACGUUUGUGAGGGCCCAGACCGAGACGGGAGUGGAGCCGUAUGAAGUACAUGACCCUGUGCCGCUGAUCGCGGGCAGCUCUGCGGGCGGGCUGGCCCUCCUGGCCCUCAUCACGGCCGCCCUCUACAAGCUCGGCUUCUUCAAGAGGAAGUACAAGGACACGAUGAAUGAAGCUGCCUCUGAAGCUGCCCCACCCCAGUAACUGCUCCUGCCCUGCCGAGUGGAGUGGCGUCUCCUGAGCAAGCAGGACUUUGGUUAGACCAGCGCGCAGCUGCUACACAGACACGUCUGUCCGUUCAGAGACUGGGGUGGUGAGGUCUCACUAAGGAAAGACCUGCUUAGGUUUCCAUUUCCAUUUGUGUGUGUGCGAGUGUGAGCACCAGUGUGUGGGUGGUGUGUGACUCAGACGCCUCUUGCAGGGGGGCCAAGUGGCUUCAGCAAACCCCCUCAGGCCCAGGGAACUGCUUGGACUCGCGAGUGGGUGAAGGUGCCAUUCAGCCUUCCUCCAGCAUAGAGGUGAUGGCAGCUCUGGUGGGAGAACUCAAAGGGAAGGCAACAGAUCCCCUCCCUGUUGAAGGAAGUGAGAACUCCCUUCGUGGGCGAGCACACGGACCUGCAGAGGCUUGGACGGCUAUGACCAAGACCACGUGCAGAAGCCAGGCAAGAGCCAGGACCUGGCCAGCCAACAGGAGCCUGUCCAAACCCAUCCCACACCAGAGCUAAAAACGUCCAAUAAGCAGCGAUACACCUCCUUUUAUCUACUCGUUUAUUUAUUAUUUUAAUGUUACUUUUAUUUUUUGAAUUGCUAAACCUGUU